UUUAUUCUCUGUUGUAUGUAUCAAUUUACAUUAGUUCUGAAUGUACAGGUGAAUGUUUCUGUCUCACCCAAUGAUAACUACAGCAUUGAGGUUGUACUUCGCUGCUUGGCAGUGGAAGGUGAUGGACUGGGUCCACAUGAGGUCCACGAUGGUGGAAUUCUUGGUACUGUCAUCGCAGCUGGCUUCAAAGGGGAGCUUUUACGAUUUCAAGCCGGAGUGACAAUGGAGAUCUCUUGCUUAGAUGCCUGGUAUUCAAGCAGUGAUGGUUCUUUGGAAGGCCCAGCAACUUAUAUAGUUCGGGGCAUUUGUCGUAGGUGUUGCAUACCGGAAAUGGUUCUUCGAUGCAUGCAGGUCUCUGUUUCACUCAUGGAGUCUGGCAAUCCACCUGAUAUCCAUCACGAGUUCAUUGAGCUAAUUACAAGUCCUGAGACUGAUUUUCUUCAUUUAUUCAGCCAGCACCAAUUGCAGGAAUUUUUAUUAUUUGAGAGAGAGUACUUAUUACUAGAAAUGGAGCACAAGGAGUCCAUUUCUUGACGAGCGAGCGGGUGUAGAAUUUUGAGCUGAUGUACUAAGAACUUUUACAAUGGCAGUGAUCGAGAAAUGGGUGAAAGAAGGUGCAGUCCAUGAACCACCAUGCCCUCUAUACUAUGAACUUUUACAAUAGCAGCGAUCAUGAAAUGGGUGAAAGGUGAAGGCCAUAAGCCACCAUUGCCCUCUGGUUAAUAUAUAGUAAUGUCGAGUUCUCAUCUGGCUACUUUUUCAGCCACCUUUUAGUACGUCUCGUGUGUGUGUGUGUGAUGACAGAUUAAAUAGUCCUUGUUAUGUCAUGUAAGGGCUUGGUUAGCAGCGUAGAGAAUAUGAAUAUGAAAUCUUGAUUGUUUCAUCUGGGGAUUUACCUUCUUGCUUCAUGUUAGUUAUCCGAUGUCGAGACUCAAAUAUUAUCAUGUUUUGAUGAAAGAUUUGCUACAAUAUAUAUUUCGAGUGCAUUUUCCAUAUGAAA